AUGACAUGUCUAAGCGAGUUGUUUUUAUUACUUUUCAUCACACCAUUAGCUACUCAAAAUAUACGCACACUGGAACUAUCUCAUCUCAACAAUACUCUCUACACAUGCUCUGAUCCACAAUGUUCACCUUCGACUCUUGUCACUGUUUCCAACAUUAGACACUGCCAAAUAGUAUGUUUAGUCACUACUGAGUGUCGCACAGUGGUGUUUUAUCACUCGAAUAGUCAGUGUCAGCUGUUUGUUGAUAUUGCAACUAACAUGGGUACUUUGUCAAUUCAGAUGGGUGUGGAGACAAUGAUUGCUAUUGAUAACAGAAAAUUAUCGGCUCCUACAACGAGCACAACGACGACUACUACAGCGAACCCAUAUCUAUGUAGUAAUAUGACCAUACUUGCUGGAUAUAACAUGCCCGGCGAUGAUAUAACUUCUCAAAUUCUUGAUAGUUAUGCGCUGUGUUGUCAGUGGUGUUUGACUUAUAGUGGUUGCGUGGCAUUUAUCUGGGGAGUAGCAGGAGUAUCCACUUCGAGAUGUUAUUUAAAAAAUGCUAUUCCUGAUUUUACAGUCGACUCAGAACUCAUCAGUGCACAUUAUUAG